GUGCUGGCUGCGUUCUUUUCCGACGCUGUAUUAGAAACCCCGACCUCACCUAAUUCUAGAAACUCGGAGGGAGCGAAAGGAGCCGGUAUUGAGCGCGUGCACCCACCUAUCCACCCCCUCCGCGAAAGGUUUUGGAGCGAUCCAGAAACGAGGAUAUCUCUCUCCCCCUCCCCUGCGCGCCGCCUCCGCGUCUUGGCGGGGGUCACUUCCGCUUCCGUUCCUGGGACCAAGACCCUCGGCUGUUGCCGCCGCCUUUGCUGCCAUGACUGCCACCCUUCGCCCCUAUCUCAAUGCUGUGCGCGCUACCCUGCAGGCCGCCCUGUGCCUGGAGAACUUCUCGUCCCAGGUGGUGGAGCGGCAUAACAAGCCGGAGGUGGAAGUCAGAAGCAGCAAGGAGUUACUGCUGCAGCCAGUGAUCAUCAGCAGGAAUGAGAAAGAAAAAGUCCUAAUUGAAGGGUCAAUCAACUCUGUGCGAGUCAGCAUUGCAGUGAAGCAGGCCGAUGAGAUUGAGAAGAUCCUGUGUCACAAAUUUAUGCGCUUCAUGAUGAUGAGAGCAGAGAACUUCUUCAUUUUACGUCGGAAACCAGUUGAGGGCUAUGACAUUAGCUUCCUGAUCACAAACUUCCAUACAGAGCAGAUGUACAAGCACAAGCUGGUGGACUUUGUCAUUCAUUUCAUGGAGGAAAUUGACAAGGAAAUCAGCGAGAUGAAGCUUUCCGUCAAUGCCAGAGCUCGCAUUGUGGCAGAGGAGUUCCUGAAGAAUUUCUAGACUAAGGGCUGGAAUCCACAGCUUGGCUUUCUCAUUCUCUCUGCACAGCCACCUUGCUGCGGCUUCAGAGAGGGCCACAGUUUGGGAGCGAGAUGAGAAGCAGCCAGACCUGCGGGGGCUGUCCCAGCUAAAUGUACACCAUGCUCGCCAGCGUGCCCAGGGGAGGGGAGGGUGCUUUUUUAAUAAUUUUGGAACAAAACUGUGCUUGUUUAAGACUGUGUCAACUUGAUAUCCUUUUCUCUUUUUUUUAAUGACUGAUACUUGCUGUUAUUUGUCUACUCGAGUCUCUUAGUGGCCAAGUCCUUGUGGGGGAAGCGGGGGGUGGGAUCGACUGUUCCAGCAGCCCUCAGAAAGAGUUGUUGCGGGAGUUCAUCUCAGUGCUGUGCAUGCAAAAACAAAACAAAAAACCUCUGACAGAUAACACACAAAAGCUGCCUUUAUCUAUAAGGUUGGCCCCAGUAAAUGAGGCCUGAAGCAUCUUUUUAGACAAACUGGCAGCCUGUCUUGGAACGUACUAGGGUACAAGGUGUGACUAACUUGGUCCACCUCCCAAACGGAAUCAUGAGUUUGCAGGCAAGCCAGGUGCUGAAGAUGGCAAUCCUCCCCUGUGCCAAGUCAUUCCCAUCUCUAGAGAGAUCGCCCUCCCUGUAGCCCGCUUUCCCUUACUCCCACAGCAAUCAGAGCAUUCUGAGCACAGCACUGCCUCCUGUUCAUUUCCUUUGUAUUUCCUUCCACAUCUGUGCCAGAGGGAGCUGUGAUGGGAGGGGCCAGGCGUCAGCAAAACGCGACGGAGCUGGAAUCUGUAACUCUUGGUUCUUUUUGCUAUGGCACUUGCUGUAACUUUCUUACUCUGGGACCUUCCCUAUUAAAGCCUUUUUCCCCCUUCUUGCCUCCUGAAGUUAA